AUGCAGUGCCUCUUACUUCUGCUCUUUGGGCUCAGUGGGCUCCGUACAGAAUACGAUUCUGAAAAACUGCGUGUACAAAUUACAGUUCCAGAGAAAGUACAGUCAAAAAUAAGCGGGGAAGUUGAAUCACAAGUGGCCUACAAGAUUGUAAUAGAUGAGAAAGCAUACAUUGUGAACCUGACGCAAAAAAAUUUUUUAACUCAGAAUUUUAAAGUUUAUGGCUAUAGUGGCACAGGAAGUAUGAAAUCUAUUGCCCAGCAUUUUCAGAAUCUCUGCUAUUACCAAGGAUUUAUUGAAGGUUUUCCAAAAUCUGUGGCGAUCAUUAGCACAUGCACUGGACUCAGGGGCUUACUGCAGUUUGAAAAUAUCAGCUAUGGAAUUGAACCCCUGGAGUCUGCCAUUGGUUUUGAACAUGUUAUUUAUCAAGUCAAACAUAAGAAUGCAAGUGUUUCUUUAUAUGCUGAAAAGUAUAUUGAAGCAAGAGAUAGGCUGUAUACAGUACAAAGUGUACAGAAAAUAUCAGAUAUCUCUCAUUAUAUAGAAAUGCAUGUUAUUAUUGAAAAAGAUUUGUAUGAUCACCUGGGUUCUGAUACAGCUGUUGUCACUGAAAAAGUUUUCCAAUUGAUUGGAUUGAUCAAUGCUAUUUUUACUUCACUUAAUAUUACAAUAAUUCUAUCUUCAUUGGAGCUUUGGAUAGAUGAAAAUAAAAUUUCCACUAAAGGAGAUGCAAAUGAGAUAUUACAAAGAUUUUUAAUAUGGAAAAGAUAUUAUCUUGUUUUGCGUCCACAUGAUGUGGCAAUUUUACUUGUUUACAGAGAAAAAUCAGAUUAUAUUGGUGCAACUUACCAAGGAAAGAUGUGUGAUAGAAACUAUGGAGGAGGUGUUGCUCUGCACCCCAAAUCUGUAAAUCUGGAAUCACUUGCAAUUAUUCUAGCUCAAUUACUGUGUCUAAAUAUGGGAAUACCUUAUGAUGACAGUGACAAAUGUCAGUGCCCAAGAACUGUCUGCAUAAUGAGCCCAGAAGCAGUUCAUUCCAGUGGUAUGAAGAUAUUUAGUAACUGCAGCAUGGAAGAUUUUGAACAUUUUAUUUCAAAUCCUAAAUCCCAGUGUCUUAAAAAUCAGCCAUAUUUAGAUCUAUCCUACAAGGCUGCCGCUUGUGGUAAUGGAAAAGUGGAAGAGGGAGAACAGUGUGACUGUGGAACUGAGCAGGAGUGUGCUUCUUCUGAGUUACAGAAAUGCUGCAAUCCUCAGAACUGUACACUGACAGCAGAGUCAGACUGUGGUUUCGGAGAGUGCUGUGCAGAUUGUAAGAUCGUGGCUAAAGGGGCAGUGUGUAGAUCUGCCGUCGAUGAAUGUGAUCUCUGUGAAUAUUGCAAUGGAACAUCUGCAAUAUGUCAAGAAGACUUGUUCAUUCAGAAUGGACAUGCAUGUGGAGAAAACAAAUGGAUCUGUCUGAAUGGAAAAUGUAUGGAUGGGACAAAACAAUGUAUUAAUACUUUUGGUGAAGGUGCAUCUUUUGGUUCGGCAGACUGUUUUAAUGAAAUUAAUUCUAGGUCUGAUAAAACUGGGAAUUGUGGUUCAAGUGAUGCCGGAUACAUACCUUGUGAACCUAAGGACCUGCAAUGUGGAAAAUUAAUAUGUGCAUAUAAUCAAAAAAGUAUAUAUAAAACUAAAAAUGCCACUGUUCUUUAUACCAACGUACAAGGAGAGAUCUGCAUCACCAUUGAGUAUGAGCAUGAUCAAAAUCAAAACUACAUUAUGUGGGUCAGCGAAGGAACUGUUUGUGGCCCAAAUAAGGUUUGCAAGAAUAUGCAUUGUGUUGACUCCACAUACUUGAAUUAUGACUGUACUGAAGAAAAAUGCAAUAGACAUGGUGUGUGCAAUAAUAAAAAGAAUUGUCAUUGUAAUCCUACAUAUUUACCUCCAAACUGUGAAAAUACAGCUGACUCAUGGCCAGGUGGUAGUAUUGACAGUGGGAAUUUUCCACCUGAAAAUGCUGCUUCCCCAGGUAAGCCUAGAAGCCGCUACAAUGAGAUUGUUUACCGACGUUCUAAACCUACAAAAUGGCCACUUUUCUUACUCAUUCCCUUUUUCAUUAUUCUCGGUGUAAUGGUUGCUCUGCUGAUAAAAGUUAAUCUCCGAAGAAAAAAAUGGAGAACAGAAGACUAUACAAGCGAUGAGCAACUGGAAAGUGAAAGUGAAACCAAAGCAUAG